AUGACGCAGGCCUGGGACGGGGCAGUUUUUGCCGCCCGGCGGCGCAACGAUGACGACGAUACAACCCGGGACAGCAUGUUCGUCUACACCAACAGCAACAACACGCGAGGCCCCUUCGAAGGCCCCAAUUACCACAUUGCGCCGCGCUGGGUCUACAACGUGGUGUCGCUCUGGAUGGUCUUCGUGGUCAUCGCCUCCAUCUUCACCAACGGGCUGGUGCUCGUGGCCACCUGGAAGUUCAAGAAGCUGCGGCACCCGCUGAACUGGAUCCUGGUGAACCUGGCGAUUGCCGACCUGGGCGAGACCGUCAUCGCCAGCACCAUCAGCGUCGUCAACCAGAUCUUCGGCUACUUCAUCCUGGGCCACCCACUCUGUGUCCUCGAGGGGUACACCGUGUCCACCUGCGGUAUCACGGCACUGUGGUCGCUGGCGAUCAUCUCCUGGGAGCGCUGGUUCGUGGUGUGCAAACCCUUUGGCAACAUCAAGUUUGACGGGAAGCUGGCCAUAGGCGGCAUCAUCUUCUCCUGGGUCUGGUCUGCCGCCUGGACUGCGCCCCCCAUCUUCGGCUGGAGCAGGUACUGGCCCCAUGGCUUGAAGACCUCCUGUGGCCCAGAUGUGUUCAGUGGCAGCUCAGACCCUGGGGUCCAGUCCUACAUGAUUGUGCUGAUGAUCACCUGCUGCUUCAUCCCACUCGCCGUCAUCCUCCUCUGCUACCUGCAAGUGUGGAUGGCCAUCCGCACGGUGGCAGCCCAGCAGAAGGAAUCAGAGUCCACCCAAAAGGCGGAGAAGGAAGUGUCACGCAUGGUAGUGGUCAUGAUCAUUGCCUACAUCUUCUGCUGGGGCCCCUACACCUUCUUCGCCUGCUUCGCUGCUGCCAACCCCGGCUACGCCUUCCACCCACUGGCAGCUGCUCUGCCUGCCUACUUCGCCAAGAGCGCCACCAUCUACAACCCCAUCAUCUACGUCUUCAUGAACAGGCAGUUCCGUAACUGCAUAAUGCAGCUGUUUGGGAAGAAGGUGGACGACGGCUCGGAGCUCUCCUCCACCUCCCGCACUGAGGUCUCCUCCGUCUCCAACUCCUCUGUGUCGCCGGCAUAGGAGGGACCCCGACGGGCGGGCGGACGGACGGACGGACGGGACUCUCCCCCACUCCCUGCCUGCCCCUAGGGUGACCAGACAGCAAGUGUGAAAAAUUGGGACAGGGGGUGGGGGGUAAUAGGAGCCUAGAUAAGAAAAAGCCCCCAAAAUCGGGACUGUCCCUAUGAAAUCGGGACAUCUGGUCACCCUACCUGCCCCCCCCGCAGUAUGGAUCCCUCCUGAGCAUAUGAAGUACUGUCUUUUCUCCCCCACUUGGCCACGCCUCCUCUGGAGACUCCACCCCACCAAUGGUUGGCUCCGCCCCCCCCAGGGAACGAGGCCCCUUUCCGUCCAGCAGGGGCCAGGAGAGUUUAGCUUUUGUAAAGCAACAGCUCCAUCUCCCCACACGAGCCGCCUGGGCUCCGCCCCUAGCCCGAUUCUCUGUCGCUCCGCCCCUCGAGCCCGAGGCCUGCUCUACUGGAAAGGGCACGUGAGCUGUCCUGGGAGUGUUGGGUCCAUCCCAGAGGUGGCUGCAUCUCAGUGGGGUCGGGUGUGUGGGGAGAGGAUGCUUUGCCCCGGAGGUGGCUGCAUCCCAGUGGGGUCGGGUGUGUGGGGAGAGGACGCUUUGCCCCGGAGGUGGCUGCAUCCCAGUGGGGUCGGGUGUGUGGGGACAGGCCCCUCCGCCCGAGGUGGCUGCAUCUCAACAGGGCCAGGCGUGUGGCGUGCUGCUGCUCUGCCCCAGAGGUGGCUGCACCUGAGCGGAGCGAUGGAGAAUCAGCCCCUCUCAUGUUCCACCCCCAGGCUGGCCGGGCCCCGGCCCCGGCCGCCCCCCUGUAAAUAGUGUUUGAUAAGGAGCCUAGCUAGGAACGCAGGGACAGAGACCAGCACAAACGCCAAGCCAGGCGCCGCCCCCUCGGUGCCCCGGGGCUGCGCC